AUGUCUUCCUUAUCACGAAUAUUCAUUCCUGAUUAUGAUCACAAACGCUUUAAUGAAAUUGCAGACGCCAACCCACAAUAUCGUAUGAGUCUUAUCGAAGGUCGGCUUGAGAUAUCAAUGCCGGUGAGUGCUUAUACCGGCCAGAGACAAGCAAGAAUUAUUAUGCAAGUUGGCAUCUGGCGUGCUGCAAACAGUGAUUUGGUUGGACACUUUGGUUCUUGUAUGGGUGACUUUACUUUGUCUAAUAGUGAUAUUCUGAGCCCUGAUGCUUCCAUUGUCCUUAGUCCAAGGUUUUCGAAUGUUAUUAAUAUAUGGUACGCUUUAUCGGAUGUUGAUAGGAACAAAGCAAAUCCGCCAGUUGCACCAAAUUAUAUUGUGGAAUUACGUUCAGAAAAUUAUUCACCUCAAGAAGUUCAUAGAAAAAUGUUACGAUGGAUAAAUGGAGGAGAAGGAGUUUCAAUUGAUCCCUUUACAAAUCCGCCCAAAGCUAGAAUUUAUACUUAUGAUGCCGUUGUUAAUGGUGUCGUUUGGCAGGAACUUUUAAAUCCUCAAAUGAUUGCUUCACAAGUUCUUACCGGAUUUGUGAUGAAUAUACGUGAAAUCCUUCAAUGA